AUGGCUAUUCCAAGGACUUCUCUCCGCGGCUUCUUGACCCAUGCCCGCAAUGCUCUCCGCACGGCCAUCAAUUUAAACCAGAAGGUUACACUGGUAAUCGGGAAUGAAUCGGCAGACCUAGACUCGAUGACCAGUCCGGUCCUCUAUGCAUACCUCCGCUCACUGUACCCCCCACGGAAUGCAUUCACGCCGCUCUACAUUCCAAUCGUUAAUCUCCCUGCAGCGGACAUUGCGCUGCGACCCGAGUACCUGGCUGCCUUCCGCCAUGCAAACAUUGAUCCGGAGCAUUUGAUUACGCUCGACGAUCUCCCGGAGCUCGCCAUCAUACAGAAGAAGCUUCCCCCCGAGAACACUAAAUGGAUAUUGGUGGACCAUAAUGCUCUGCAGGGUACCUUAGGGCAGGUGUACUCGUCAAGAGUUGGGGGCGUCAUUGACCACCACGAAGACGAAGGGAAAGUGGCGGCUGAAACGGAGCCCGAGCCUCGAAUCAUUGAGAAGAGUGGGAGCUGUACAAGCCUAGUCACCGAGUACUGCCGGGAACACUGGGACGUGGUUUCUGCGUCUGCGCUCAGCACCGGCGCCGCACAUGGGCAGGGGGAGAGCCUGCUAGACGAUAGCGCGACUGUCAAGGUGUGGGAUGCGCAGGUGGCGUUUCUGGGUCUGGCGAGCGUGUUGAUCGAUACCAAUAACCUGAAGUCUAAGGAUAAGACGACGGAACACGACAGGAAGGCAGUCGAGUACCUUGAGGCCAAAAUUCUGGCGUGUCCCAAAUUCGUCACAAGCUAUGAGCGAAAAGACUUCUUUGACGAGAUUGACCAGGCCAAGAAGAGCAUUGAUUCCCUGAAACUACACGAUAUCCUGCGGAAAGAUUAUAAGCUAUGGGAAGAGAACGGAUUGAAACUUGGCGUCAGCUCAGUGGUCAAGGAUAUCGGUUUUCUUGUACACAAAGCCGGGACGGAAGAUGCGACUCGGACAGCGCAAGAUGCAUUUCUCGGUGGGCUUGAGGACUUUGCCAAGGAGCGUGACCUGGACGUGUAUGGUCUCAUGACGAGCUUCUCCUCCCCAUCCGGACACCAGCGCGAGCUCCUCGUUUGGGCAUUGAAUGAAUCCUCACUUCCUGGCGCAGAGAAAUUCGCUCAAGAGGCAAAAGAAGAGUUGGGCCUUGAGCCAUGGAGCGGUGUAGAGAGCCUGGUUACGGGCCAGCUACUGCGGGAUAAGAGGGUGAAGAUCUGGGUGCAACGGAACGUGCAACAUAGCAGGAAACGGGUAGCGCCUCUGCUCCGGGAAGCUAUGAGGUAA